AUUUUUAGUGGUUGCGAAACUGUCAAAUCUACAGAGAUGAAUGAAUGAGUAGGCCUGCAUAGUAUAUUACUAUUUUCGUUUUUCCCGUUUUAUUUACAGUUUACUAUUACUAUUUACAUGUUUAGAUAUAAGUGAAAGAGUGCCUUAUCAUCGAUAUAGUAAUUAUAAUUUUGUGCUGGAGUGAGAUAUAUUCGAGAAAUCAUGGAGGAUAUAUUUCAGUGGUGUCGUGAAGGAAAUGCCUUACAAGUGAGGGUUUGGUUGGAUGAUAUCGAGCACGAUUUCAAUCAAGGUGAUGAUCAUGACUUCAGCCCGCUCCACUGGGCCUGCAAAGAGGGCCACCAGAAGAUCGUAGAGAUGCUGAUCAAGCGCGGGGCCCGCAUCAAUGUCACCAAUAUGGGUGAUGACACGCCAUUGCAUCUGGCUUCUGCCCACGGGCACCGGGCUAUUGUGCAGCUGCUCCUACAAAACCGUGUAGACGUGAACUUCACCAAUGCCCACGGCAACUCGCCGCUCCACUACGCCUGCUUCUGGGGCUACGGGCCCAUCGCCGAGGACCUGGUGAUGGCCGGGGCCUUGGUGUCUCUGGCUAAUAGGGAUGGAGAUACACCACUGGAUAAAACCAGAGGCCAGCUGGUUCAAAGACUGCACGAGCUAGCGAUCCAACAAGGACAGGAGAUGAAGAAGAUCCAAUUCAAAGACCAAUCGUGGCUUGGAACACGGACCAGGUCAAGAGAUGCAACCCUUUCGCGCCACAAGGGCAUCAACAUCAGCGAACUUUCGCUGCACACUCGCAUGGCUGUCACACCCUCAGGUGAAACCUGGCGCGGCCGCUGGCAGAAGAACGACAUCGUAGCGAAGAUACUCGCUGUCCGCGAGUGUACGCCGCGCAUCCAGCGCGACUUCAACGAGGAGUUCCCGAAGCUCAGGAUAUUCUCGCACCCCAACAUACUGCCCGUGGUGGGGUGCUGCACGUCCCCGCCGUCGCUGGUGGUGAUCUGCCAGUACAUGUCGUGGGGCUCGCUGUACGCGCUGCUGCACGGCGCGGGGCGGGUGGUGCUGGACGCGGCGGCCGCGCUGCGCCUGGCGCGCGACGUGGCGCGCGGCCUGGCCUACCUGCACUCGCUGCAGAAGGACAAGGACCACCAGCUGCCCCUGUACCAGCUUAACAGUCGACAUGUUAUGAUCGACGAGGACAUGACAGCGCGCAUCAACAUGGCGGACUCCAAGUUCUCGUUCCAAGAGCGCGGGCGCUGCUACCUGCCGGCGUGGCAGGCGCCCGAGGCGCUGCGGCGGCCGCGCGCGCGGCGCAACGCCGAGGCCUGCGACAUGUGGAGCUUCGCCGUGCUGCUCUGGGAACUGGCCACGAGGGAGGUUCCCUUCGCCGAUUUAUCGCCAAUGGAGUGCGGCAUGAAGAUCGCCCUCGAGGGGCUCCGCGUGGCCGUCCCGCCCGGCGUGUCCCCGCACAUCGCCAAGCUCAUCCGCAUCUGCAUGAACGAGGACAUCGGCAAGCGGCCCUCCUUCAACAUGAUACUGCCUAUUCUCGAGAAAAUGAACAAGUAAACAUAACUGAUUCCAACCCCAAACCAUACAAUUUUAUAACCCAGAUUCAACUUCCCCAAAACACAAUCCCGUAUACUCAUUUACACUGUCCAUAAGCAUAGUACUGCUAGGUACUAGUAUGCCUAAUUAGGUUAUUUGCUUAUUUGGGGAAGUGCAACUGUCAUUUGUCUGUUGUAUCUAACAGAUUUUUUGAGAUGCGGAAUCCGCUGUUAUAAUUUUUUCUAUGCAUUCAACACGAAUAUGCAAACGGACAUCACCAAACGGCCCUUCUUCAGCAUGAAUAUAAUACUCCCUAAUUGGCUUAUCUUGAGAAAUUGAACAAGUAAAUCUUAUUUCAUAACCCAGAAUCGAGUCUAACCUUCCCCAGACGACAAUCCCGUAUCCCCACUUUUAAUGUUCAUAAGCAUGAUACUACUUAAUUUUCUUGAGUAUGACCAUUCUUAAGAAUGAGGUUGGCAACUGUCAAAAUGGCGCCAGCAUAGGUUUUACCUGUCUUAAAGGGAUUUGAAACGAUUGAAAAAAUUUAUGCUGGCGCCAUCUGUGAAAUGCUUCCGGCCAACCCAGGUUGUUUAUUUUCGGGAAGUGCUUUUGGCAGUUUUUGAGAUGCAGAAACAUAUUUGUUGAUAGCAAUGCACUUUAUGUGGCUUGGCAUAAUGUUUUCUUGGCGUGAUCUAGCCUACGGACUUCUUUGUAUUUGCCCAAAUUUUUGUUUUUUUCUUAUAUCAGCAAUUUAGUUCUUAAUUUAUCGCCUUGGUCACUUUUGUUGGUGACUUAAGGACUCUCAAUGCAAUAACGAACCACAAAGUGAAUUCGUUUGAAUCCCGCGAAGUGUGUGCGUAAGAAAUUACGAAAAUGUUCUGUAGUACAUAAAGUAGUUGAGGUUAUUAUUUUAAUAUGCAUACAGAAAUGGGUAUAUCCCAAGUGCCAUCUUAUAUAUACACAGAUAAUAUACAGUUUUAUAUAUGACGUAAGAAAUAAUAUUCUACAAAAUUAUUUAUUUGCAUAAACCAUUGAUUUUUAUUUUUUAUUUUUGACACAUCACUUGAUUUGUAACUGCCAGUAUUGUAAAUGUUGUUUUUGUAUUAAGGUUGUAUUUUUGUAUUCUUUUUUCAAGAUUUUUCUUAAUGAUUGUAUUCAGUCUAUAAUUGGAUAAUAGGCGUAAAUGUCGUAACUUUAUCCAAUAAAAAAUAAAAUUUUAACAUAAUGAAGCUAAAGAUUUAUAUUAAAAAAUAGGACUCUAAGCAUUGUUAUGUAUUCAUUGCUAAGAGGUAUUUCUAAAACCGUGUAAAACAUUUAACUAGGUGCUAUUACUCAUAUAACAAAUGUCUGUACUUAAAAGUCCAGAAAACUUUUAAAAUUACUAUGACACUCAUCUAUACAAAUUGUAUUAAUUUUGACGGAUUCCACCAACUGCAAUUUAUACCUAAAUUGAAAUAGCUGUAAGUUUAACAUGAAUCUCUAAAUAACAAAAUAUACAUUUAAAUUAAUUUACUGUAAAACCACCUAGCUAUAGUCCAGUAUUAUAGACUGGACAAGUUCAACACAUAACUUAAGUUUAAAUACUAAUCACAGACUACAGUCUAUACAGACACUGCAUUAUGAAGCGUUUACAAAGAGCGCGAGGUCACCACACACAGGUGCAAUUUUACUUGUAAAAUGCUACAAUUUGAGCAGCACAAUCCAGUUUAUAACACCAUUUUAUAAUAGCCCAGUUACACCCCCAAACUAAUUUUUUUGUUGAUAUCUUUAGUUUACUUUGUUUGGCCUAGUCGGUAGUGACCCUGCCUACAGUGCCUACGAAGCUGCUGGUCCCGGGUUCAAAUCCUGGUAAGGGCAUUUAUUCGUGUGAUGAGCAUGGAUAUUUGUUCCUGAGUCAUGGGUGUUUUCUAUGUAUUUAAGUAUUUAUAAAUAUUAGCCUUAUUGAGCUUACUGUGGGACUAAUAAUGUCCUAUAAUAAAAAAAAAAUCUUUAUUGUCAAUAUUGUUGGCACAAUUGAAAUAAGCAGGUGCAAGUCGUGCUCCCGUACAAAAUUUGUAUGAAAGCGCUAAAGUGUGGUGACCUCAAUUGACUUAAGUGCUCCGUCUAAUAGUUGAGGUGGUCUGUAAUACUAGUCUUAUGUUUUGGCUUUUCCUGAGUUUUUAUUUUUAAAGAAAUUUGGGCAGAAUGUUUUGCUUUAGAACUGCAACGUUCAAUAAUUUCACCUGAACAAAGAUAUUCAAGUUAGUUUUGAAGCUUUUAGACUCUAGUGGGGUGGUUUUACAGUAUCAUAAUGAAUUGCCAAUUGCUUGUAGAGUAGGUGUUAUGUAACAUUGUGCCUUACAAUGACUAAAAGGUAAUUAUAAUUAUAAAUUGUAAAUCUAGUUAAAUGGUAUAUUGGAGCAUUUUCACAUUGUCUGACCAAUUAUCGGGUGUUGCAUGACCUUUGCAGACUAACAGCUAGUAGGCGGGUUCACACAGACCGCCUCGUGACGAAAUUGCGAAGCAGCUUGGUCAAUAGAGACAUGCCUCGGCUGAAGCAAUGUGGAAAAAAUGCCCCAUGGCAUCAAGUCCUUUAAUUGUUACAUACUAUUUGUUUGUUAUGUUUUUACAUAGUUUCUUUUAAACAAAGAACACUAAUUAAACAUAAGAAAAUAGAAAAAGCAGUUUCUAGUUUUUACUGCUUUGUAGUCGGAUGAGAUAAUGUGGAAAUGCUCUUAUUGUUUUCUAACAGUGAUGGAUGUGGUACUAAAUAAUAAUAAAAUUAGUGCUAUUUUGAUGUGAAAUGAAAUUAAUAUUAAUUUAUGUUACAAAUAUAUUAUAUAAAUAACUUAUGAAAAUUUUACAUA